AUGAGGAGCGCUCUGCAGGAGCUCGGCGUCACGCUCACGCCGUCGACAACGCCGUCGCCGCAUGCGACGGCGCCGACGCAAUCAUACAUCGACGUCCGCUUCGCUGGCUCCGCCGCCGACCUCCACUCGAUCACCUUCAGAAACUACUACACCGCCAGCGUCUCGAUUCUCUUUGCCGCACGGCCAGCCAAGACAGGGCCCGAGGUUGCGCCGGCUUGCGGCGCAGACGUGGUGGACGGGCAGCGCACGCCGCGCGAGGUCGUGUGGCAGACAUUGGUUCCUCAUCUCCAGCUGAUGGCCGACCUCCACUCAGAGGAUGACGCUCAGGCAUCCGAUUUGGCUGAGAUUGGCGUGCAGGCGGAGCACUGCAUCGAUGCCGCCUCCUUCCCGGCAUCCUUCGAUCCGCGCCGCGUCUCGCAACUCCGCAUCUGCCUCUCGCAGCCGACGCACACGCUGCACGGGCUCCGCUUCUUCGGCCGCCGCUGCCCGCUCACAGCGAGGCCAGCUCCCUUCUCCGAAAAGGGGCUGCUAGCGGCGCGAAUAUCUGUGCUUGCUGCUGAAGUGGAGGCGCUUGCCGCGGGGGCGGUGCAGGUGUUGCCUGCGCGGCGCGACCUCGAGCACGUCAGCCCGUAUCUCGUGGGCGAGUUUGAUGAUGUGGUGCACCUCGCCGAGUCCCAGACUUGA